AUGGCGCGCCUCACUCGAACUCGAUUGGACUCGGAGGAGCGCAAGGGUUUUCUCGACUAUUCACCGCCCUCCCCGUCACAUACGUCCGGUUCCGGGUCUGGCAUCGAUGUCGAGAGCUUGGAUGAGGUGCUCUACAAAAAACCAUACCCUCGCAACAGGCGACGCGACGGCUUCGUCUCUUGGUCUCGGGCAAGGGUACGCAGAUUGAGGAGGAGUAUAAGGAGGCAUCCCCUGCGGUCCUUCUUGAUCUUUCUCAAAUACUUGCUGCCGGCGAUAUUGGGGCUCCUGAUACUCACACCACUCUUUGGGACCUCUUAUCUGCACCCACCUCCACAUUACCUCGAGCUCAAGACGAGAUGUCAAGGGAAAGCAGCCGAGCCUGGCUGUGCGAACUCGUUCGACGAGAAGGUCUUUAUAUCCGUCAGUCUUUACGACAAGGACGGUCACCUAUCCUCGGGACCGUGGGGCCAGGCCGUCAUUGAGCUUAUCCACCUCAUUGGCGCCAACAAUGUGUUUCUCAGCAUAUACCAGAACGACAGUGGGCCCGACGGCGAGGCGGCAUUGGAGAACUUCAAGAGGAGGGUACCGUGCCGUCAUUCGAUUGUCAACGACGUCCACGUCGACUUGGAUGGGUUCCCCAACGUCACCAUGCCUGAUGGUAGUCAGCGCGUCAAGCGGUUAACAUACCUGUCGGAGAUGCGCAACAGGGCGCUGAGGCCUCUGGACAGGUUCCAGGAGGGCGACAACAGUGGCGUCCAGCGUUUUGACAAAAUUCUUUUCCUCAACGACGUGGCCUUCAGGCCAAUGGAUGCAGCACAAUUGCUCUUCAGCACUAACGUCGGCUCCGACGGGCGCACGCGGUUCCUGUCGGCCUGCGCCCUUGACUACAUGAAUCCACUUCUCUUCUACGACCUCUACGCACAGCGCGACGCCGAGGGCUACUCCAACGGCCUACCGAUCUUCCCAAUCUUCAGCAACGAGGGUCAAGGGCUCUCGCGCGCAGCCAUGGGGGCGCAGAGCGACGCCGUCCCGGUCAAGUCUUGCUGGGGUGGCAUGGUGGCCAUGCAGGCUCGCUACGUCCAAAACAUGGAGCGCGAGCUCCCGAGGCCCGACUUUCAAAAUACAAACUCUCAUGUGAUCGACCCAGCGCGCCCUCGUAACGUAUCGGCGCCCAUUCGAUUUCGCUACGAGCCCGAGGUGUUCUUCGACGCCUGCGAGUGUUGCCUAUUCCAAGCCGACGUGAGCCAGGUAGCGAGGCAGGCCGACGCCAAGGAGGUUGAGACCUUUGUCAACCCAUACGUGCGUGUGGCCUACAGCUGGAAGGUUCUCCGCUGGCUGCCCAUCGUGCAGCGCUGGGAGAAGUUGAUAUCGCUGCCGCAGCGCAUACUCAACCCAAUCCUUGGCCUGCCGACGCACAACCCCCACCGGACCGUGGAGGAGGGCGACGGCUUCGUGGAGGAGGUUUGGGACACGCAAAAGAAGCGUUGGAAGCUCAUGCAGCGCGUCGGUAGGAAUGGCAUGUUCUGUGGCGUCAGGGACAUGCAGCUCGUCAUGAAGGGCGAGCGGGAAGGAGAAGUCAACUGGGUCAACACCAUUACUCCCCCUGGGCAAACGCUGAACUUUCCUAGGUAA